AUGGCGAGGUGGCGGCCGGCGAUGCUGCUGGUAGCGGCGCUGGCGCUGGCGGCGGCCGCCGGGUGGCGGGCGGAGGCGCUGUCGGUGACCGUGACGGACACCGAGUGCAUCCACGAGUUCGUGCCCUACGAGGGCGACUCCGUCUCGGGCAACUUCGUCGUCGUCGACCACGACAUCUUCUGGAGCUCCGACCACCCCGGCAUCGACCUCACGGUAACUUCACCAGGUGGUAACACCGUAUAUACGAUGAAGGGAAAGUCUGGUGACAAAUUUGACUUCAAAGCUCCAAGGGGUGGAAUGUACAAGUUUUGCUUCCAUAAUCCAUAUGGGGCACCUGAAACUGUUUCUUUCUACAUUCAUGUUGGGCACAUACCCAAUGAGCACAAUUUGGCGAAAGAUGAGCACUUGGACCCUAUCAAUGUGAAAAUUGCAGAGCUGAAGGAAGCACUGGAAUCUGUCACUGCUGAGCAGAAGUACCUAAAAGCACGUGAUGCUCGUCACCGACACACAAACGAGAGCACCAGAAGGCGUGUCAUGUUCUACACGAUGGCAGAGUACGCGGCUUUCAUGGCCGCCAGUGCGUUGCAAGUCGUUUACAUCCACCGCCUGUUCAGUAAAAACGUGGGAUACAACAGGGUCUAG